AUGGCAGCAGAAGAGAAUGGUACCAAUGCCAUUAACACCGUUGUCGGGCCGGAUGAUGAUGCGAUGCGUGAUCCAACACGCUGGGAGAAGUUUUGCCAGCGCCAUGGCAUCAAUCCGAAUCUGAUCAUGCUGAAGAUUACACUGUUCGUCAUGUAUGGCGCCACCUCUUCGCUGCUCCCGUAUCUGACCAUCCACAUGCAAAGCACCGGCUUGACGGUGGAGGAAAUCGCAAUCAUCUACCUGGCCCUACCGUUCACAACGUUCUUAAGUCCACCGAUCACCGGAUUCCUGGUGGACAAGUUCGGACGGUACAAACCAGUUGUCAUCAUGAGUUUGCUUUUAAAUGCAUUAUUUCACCAUUCGCUGUUGCUGAUCCCGCAGCAGGAAAUACCUGGCAAGGUACCGGAAGCGUACGUAAUGAGACAUCCCGGCACGGGAAAUGUAGAGGUUUGGUGGUCACCCUGUCCUAGCCGAGAGUGUCCGGAAGAGGAGGAAAUCGAUAUCGUUGUAGACCAAUGUCUGGACCAUUGCUUGCUUCAAGAGCAAAACCCGAAGAUUGAACUUGCGCCACCACCAACCGAUCUGCCGCUCGUCGUCACACCGAUAGGGGAUGAACCGAAUGAUCCGAAGGACGAUCUCGGUCUGUACGUGCAGAACAAGGGCAAGGGCAACAAGAACAAAACAGCGGACGUACUUAGCACGAGUAGCAGUUCUAGUACUACCGAGCUCUAUAUAGACAUUUUUCGAUUCCCAGAGCCAUUACUUAAGGAGAUACCGGAUGAGUCAGAGGAAAGCGAAGAAGGUUGGGUUGUGGCGGGGAGUGGCGAUUCCGCGUUCAUCGUGCUCGACAUGCAUCCCGACCUGGGUGAACCAAUCGAGCAGCUGGGCAUGGAAGUUGAACACGAUGACAACGCAACGGUGACCGAUUUCAAAACUCGUUUCGGUGUGGCACUGCUCUGGAAGCAGGGUGUCAAUGUGACCGCUCUCGAGGAGGAGGAUCUUCGCUGUGGAGGACUUGUGAUGACAUCUAACAUGACGCUCAACAGCAACAUCAAACUAUCGGAAUGGGCAGCGGAUUGCAUGGUGCAGCGGUGUCGUUUCCGUCGUAACGGGCCAGAUAUCUGUCCACCAGACUACAAGGAAAGUGACGACAAAAUUUUCUGGAUAUACUUCGCGCUUCGCUUCCUGGCAACGACGAUGCUGUCAGCAGGUGUCACCAUAAUGGACCCGAUCGCACUGACCAUGAUCGAGAAGUAUGGUGGAGAUUUUGGACGUGAGCGGUUGUUCUCCAGCAUCGGCAUGGCCAUCUUCUCUCCUAUUACCGGAGUGUUGAUCGAUCUGUUCUCGAAGGAUCUGGGCUACACGGACUACUCGGCGGCAUUCUACACGUAUGACAUUUUGCUGAUUAUCUCCUCGGUGACGGUGUUCCUGAUGCCGCUUGGAGAGAAACUGCCGGCAGAUAAUGUGUUCAAGGAUUUGCUGAAUCUACUGAAGCUGAAGCACGUGAUCAUCUUUAUUUGGUUCCUGUUUUUGUUGGGCAAUUUUUGGGGCUUCAUCGAGAGUUUCCUGUUUCUGUACCUUAAAGAGCUUGGAGCCCCUAACUAUUUACUGGGUAUCACUAUUACUGUGGGUACAGUGAGCAGUAUUCCCUUCCUAUACGGUGCUGGACGUAUUACAAAAAUAGUUGGACACGUGAACUUGAUCGUGAUAGCCUUCAUCGCACAUGCUUGUCGCCUAGUGGGCUACUCCUUUAUUGAGAAUGCUUGGUGGUGCUUUCCGUUUGAGGCGAUGGAAGCACUUUCCUGUCAUUUGAUGUGGGUUGCUGCUGCAACUUACUGCGCUCUGUUGGCUCCCAAGAGUUUGCUGGCCACGUUGAUCGGUGUGUUGGGGAUGGCUCACUUUAGUCUGGGACGUGGCAGUGGGUCUUUCUUCGGCGGUUUUCUCAUCGCUGAGGUUGGUACACGUGAAGCAUUCCGAUACAUGGGAUUGGUUGCUGUGGCUGGAGGGCUUGCCUACAAGUUCAUACACUCAAUAUGGCUUCGCAAAUACGAUAAUCCCGAUGCCGAUGAAGAAUCAGCAGAAAAGGGCGAAGCAGAAAAGCUUUACACCGACGGUGGUGAUGAGCCAAAGACGAAAGAUCAAGGCACCUCGAUGUCACAGGAACGACUAUCGCUCAUGAUAAAGUACAAUCAGAUAGGCAGUCUCACGUCCUUGCCGCGUGGUUCAAGGGGUGACGUGAACGAUGUCUUUGCCAAGCGUCGCAGCAGCUACAACAUUGAGUUCGUACGCGCCCAAAAGGGUGGAGGCAGCGCUUCGAAGGUUGAUCUGCUGAAGUCGGCGGUCGACAUCAACCACAAGGCGUCCCAUCCACAUUUGCGCAAGGAAGGCAAAGCGUCCGAUCAGUCACUCAACUCGAAACGUGCCGACAGUGCGCCACGUUUGAAUCAAUCGAAGAACAUCUCCCAGCCUACGCUGAGUGCGGUCGUGGAUGAGGAUUUGCCGUCGUCUGUGCUGUCGCGUCACAGGAAGAAACAUCACCAGAGCGGCAUUUUGGUGGUGAAGGCUUGCAGCCAGGAUGGUGAUUUGGACCUGCGUAAUUAUUUGCGGGAAACGGAACAACGUGAUUCGAUCACUGAGGGCGAGGAAGAGAACUACAAGCUGGAGCUAAGCAAGAAAGCUUCCCGUGGUCAUGUGCUCAAUGACAUCCCUGAGCGAACGGUGGAGGCCGCCGAUACUACCGGAAUCGUUGCGCCGGUGACUCCAGUUGUAGAGAGCACGGAACCAACCACCGCUACCACACCAAGCAUAUCGGAUGAUCACACAAAAAACGCGGCUUCUUGA